GGAGGGGGGCCGCGGCGGCGGGGGGGCCGGAAGGUGACCGGCAUGAUGGCGGCCACGCCGGCGCUGCGGGACCGGCUGAGCUUCCUGCACCGGCUCCCGCUCCUCCUGAAGGGAACGUCGGAUGACGACGCCCCGUGUCCGGGCUACCUGUUCGAGGAGAUCGCCCGCAUCUCCCACGAGUCCCCGGGCAGCAGCCAGUGCCUCCUGGAGUACCUUCUGACCCGGCUGCACAGCGGCUCCGGCCGCGUGAAGCUCAAGGUGCUGAAGAUCCUGCUCCACCUGUGUGGCCACGGCUCCCCGUCUUCCGUGCUCAUCCUCAAGCGCAACCCCGCCUUCAUCCAAGAGGCUGCAGCGUUCUCAGGGCCCCCGGAUCCUCUCCACGGGAACAGCUUGUACCAGAAGGUGCGGGCGGCCGCCCAGGACUUGGGAAGCGCACUAUUCUCUGACAGCGUGUCCCCUCCGCCUCACUCCCAGGCUCCCAGGGGCCUGCUUCCAGCAGGCAUGGGCUCGCAGUCCAGACCCCAGGGCUCCCUCCAGGGCUUCGGCUACAGCAAGGAGCGGGGCCACACGGGCUCUGCGGGCGAAGCCUUCCUCUCCACCAUCCAGAAGGCUGCGGAGGUGGUGGCCAACGCCGUGCGCCCGGGGCCCGAGAGCCCCGGCACCCAGAGGCCCCUCCCGCGGGGCGAUGCCUACCAGCCCGCCGUGACGCCUUUAGCCAGCCAAGGUGGCUCAGCUGCUGGGAAGCCGCUCUCCAGGGGCUUCUUGGGUGCCCGAGGAAGCGUCCUGAGACCCCAGCCGGGGCAGGCUGGAGGGGGCUGGGACGAGCCGGACAGCAGCUCCAGCUCCCAGAAUUCCUCCCAGGAGAGCGGUGACCGGAGCAAGGCCUUGGACUCUGGCAGUCGGUCGGGCAGUGACAGCCCCUCUGCGGCCAGCCAGGCACCCAGCGACCUGGCGGAGCGGGUUGAGGCCGUGAGCCUGAGUGACUGCCAGCAGGAGCAGAACCUGGUGCAGACCGUGACGUGUGGGCCACAUGCCUUUCUGAGCCAAGAGGAGGCACAGCGCUUCAUCAAAGGGUGUGGAUUGCUCAACUGUGAGGCUGUGCUGGAGCUGCUGACGCGCCACCUGGACGGGCCCAGCGAGUGUGCACAGAUGAGAGCCCUGGGUGCCAUUGCAUCCCUGGGACGCACCGACCUGCUCUCCCAGGAGCACAUCUUGCUCCUCACCCGGCCGCGGCUGCAGGAGCUCAGUGCAGGCAGCCCUGGACCUGUGACCAACAAGGCCACCAAGAUCCUCAGGCACUUUGAAGCUUCCUGCCGACAACAGCCCCCUGCCCGCAGGCUGCCCGCUGCACCCAGCCCCGCUGCUGCCCGCGUGGGCCUGUCAGACCUGCUGACCGACACCGUGCCUUUUGCUGGGAACCAAGCCUUCCUGCAGCCUCUGAGUUCCACUCUCUUCUCGCCCGAGGGCUCUGCACUACCCCCUCCCCUGGACAGCUGCCCCCCGUCAGUCCCUGGGGACGCCAGGGAGGCCGAGACGAGGCUGGCGGGUUCUAGAGAGCGGGUGGCUGGAUCUGAGUGGAGCCCGUUGGGCGUGGGCCCCCAAAAAGGAGCACCGGAGUCUAGCCUGGGGCCCAGCUGCUGCCUGCAGAGCCCAGUGCCCAGUGGCAGCUGUAGCUCCCUGUUCGCUGGAAUGGAGCUGGUGGCUUGUCCCCGCCUGGUAGGGGCCGGGACUACCACAGAAAAGGCGCCCCAAGUCCCAUGGACAUUGUCACAGAAGGCAGCAGCGAGAGAGCCUCCUGGCCCAGAGCCGUCAGCUUUCCCAUUUCUAAACUCAUGACCUUGCCGCCCUGGGCCACACGUGGAGUUCUCGUGGCCCCCGGCCUGGAGCUCCCAGGACCCCUGACUCUGUGCUGUCCCAUCUGACCCGGCCCCCACGGCCCACCAAGCAGUGGUUCCCCUUGGGUCUGUGGCCGGCCCUGCUCUGUCUGGUGUCUUCCCCUUGCUUGCGGAGGACGAGGUGCAGGCCACUCAGCACAGCAGAUAGGACAGAGCCAGGUGGAGCCAGGUGGCAUGGUGCGAGGGAGUCCUCGGGUCGGCUCCCAAUCCAAAGACAGGUUUCCCACUCCCCCCACUGGGGAAGAUGAACCCCCUCAUGGGGUGGGCCCUCUGCCAUGAGGGUCAGAGUAGCACAGGGGCAGUGCAAGGAGAGCAAGCCCCACGCGGACCCUGCGGGUUUCUAGGCAGAACCAGGAUCUGAGCUGCUUGUUCAGGUCGGCCGCUGGGCCUCCUGCGCAGCACCUGGCCGGUCAUCCUGUCUGCAGACGCUGUCAAGCCCGUUUCCCUGCAGCCAGAGGGGUCAGAACGGGGCAGAGGGUGCGGUGUGACGCCUGGCGGGGCAGGACGGGAGGCCUGGCUCUUCACUCAAGAGCUCAGGGUCGUUGUGGGCACCCAGCUCCUCCGUGAGGGGACACGUCAGAAGGAGAUGGAGCCCCGGCUGUGGCCCUUGCCAAGCUGCUACUGUUUCCAGUGACCACCCUGAGAGGAGGGCGUGAGGCUGCCUCAGUUUCCCUGUGUCUCUUUUCAGAGGCUAGCUGUUGGGACUUGAAUUCCUGUAGCAGCAGGCAGGCUCAUGGCAGGGCCUGGCAGUGGGGACCUCAAGGGUGCCCUGGAGGCCUGUGCCUGCCUCGCAGCAACCAGGCUUUACAUGGAUUGGGAACCACGACUUGGGUCUUUAUUUUCAGUUCAGAUCGCUGCUCUGAGGUGGAGCAGGGCUGUCUACAGCGGCAGGUCACUGUGCGGCCGUGGUCCGUGCUGUGGCUGCAGACUGCGGGCUGGCCUCCUGAAGGAUGCUGCUGCUGCAAGGCUCAUGCCUCCUGCACGUUCUAAGUAAACACUAGUGUUCACACAGA